UCAUGGUUUUUUACCAUGGUCAGCAUGUGCUGUGCAAUAGGGCUCUAAAUAAUGCUCCUUGUACUUAGAACUCCAGUAUUUAUCCUACUGAUCCAUGAGCAUGGGAAGUUUAUCCAUCCUCUGUUGUCUUCUUCCAUUUCUUUUUAAAGGUCUUAAGUCUUUACUAUACAGUUCUUUCAUUUGCUUUGAUAGUUACUGAUAAAUUGUGAAAAGUACUGUUUGUCUGAUUUCUUUCUCAGUAUGUUUGUCGUUUGUAUAUAGAAAGACUAUUGAUUUUUGUUUGUCAAUUUUGUAUCCUGCUGCUUUGCUGAAACAAUUUUUCAGCUGUAGAAAUUUUCUAGUGAGGUCUUUGACUUCCAUAUGUAUAAAAUCAUAUCGUCUGCAAAUGAGGAUAAUUUGACUUCUUCCUUUUUUAUUAGUCUCUAUCUGGCCUUUUUCAAUUGUCUUAUUGUUGUAGCUAAGACUUCUAGUAUUAUAUUGAGCAGGUAUGGACAUCAUUGGCUUGUUCCUGGUUUUAGUGGGAAUGCUUUGCGUUUCUCUCUGUUCAGAAUGAUGGUGACUGUGGGAUUGCCGUAAAUUGGUUUUAUUGUGUUGAGCUGUGUCCCUUACAUACUUAGUCUCUUAGAACAUACUCUUUGAUCAAAAUCUUUCAUUUACCCAUCUACUCCACCCAUAUGGAAGUAGUCACUGUUGGCUACUUAUAUUUUAGAGAAAAGUAAUUAUAUUUAUUUAUAUACUGAAUUAGUAUGAGUGUACUUUGAGUAAUUGCCAAGAUUGACUAAUGUUUAAGAAUUUGAUUUAAGUGAAACACAACAAUUUAAAAAAUAGAGCCAAGAUAUUUUCAACCUUUUAGGUGAUAACCCUUGGAAAUAUUUGUCAGUGGAUGAUAAGACUAAGUCUCAUUUCGUAACUGAUGCAUAAGGAACUUAAUCGAAAGAGUUCAUUCAGGGAAUGAUGGAGUUAGUAAGUCUUCCUUCAGAAAGAACUGAGUUAUGGCUGUAGAUGUAGGUUCAAAACUCAAGUCUUUGUCAAAACUCUAUGAAAGGUAAUUUGGACUGAUUUGUAUGAUGAAAACUAAGUUGGUGCAAUGAUUCUUCCUUAACAGCAGUUAAUGGGGAUAGUUAAUGACUCUCCUUACCAUUAAUGAGGUUAUACAGUUGAUAUUUCCAAAGACCUUGAAAAACACAAUCACAAACACAUGUUAAUUGGUCAUACAUAUUUGGUGAUGUGCUAUGUUGUGUCAUGGUCAUGAACUGACUUUAUAGAGGACAAGUUAUAGUUUCCUAAGCUUUGCUGUUCAGAAAAUGUAUUAUUAUUAUUAUUUGAAUGCUUGUUUGAGUUCCUAGGGUAGUAGUAAGUAAAUUGUGAGUUCCUAACAAAACUUCCAGAGAAUGAAUUCCUUCUGGAAACAUGGUUGUAAAAUGAGAGAGCAGAGCCCAUGUGAGGCAUGAGCCAUCAAUCUGUAGGGUAUAAAAGUCCGGGGAGACUGGAUGACAUUCACACUUCAGAAACAUCCCUCUGCUUCUCAACUGAAACCUCACCUCUCAACACCAUGUGCUGCAACUACUACGGAAACUCCUGUAGAGGCUGUGGAUACAGCUCUGGCUGUGGAUAUGGCUCUGGCUAUGGCUGUGGAUAUGGCUCUGGUUAUGGCUGUGGAUAUGGCUCAGGCUAUGGCUGUGGAUACAGCUCUGGCUAUGGAUGUGGAUAUGGUUCUAGGUAUGGCUGUGGAUAUGGCUCUAGUUGUGGGUCUGGUUCUAGAUAUGGCUGUGGAUAUGGCUCUGGCUAUGGCUGUGGAUACGGCUCUGGCUAUGGCUGUGGAUAUGGCUCUGGGUGUGGUUAUGGUUCCAGGUUUGGCUAUGGAUAUGGCUCAGGCUGCAAGAGCUACAGAAAAUGCCAUUCUUCAUGCUGCUAGUUCCAACCACAAUUCCUCCUUCACUCUGGGAACAAGCAAUGUAAGAGCAAGCUGAACUAGAUGUGACACAAGUGUGUGCCUGCAUCCAUCCCCUGCAAGCCCAAGGAAUGACUGAGAACUGUGUGCCGGGCAGCUGAAAACAUCUCACAAUACGCAGUUGCUCCUGAUAUAAACUGAAGAGUCUGACUCAUUACAAAGAUGGAUUUUAUUUUCCUGGGUUUUGGACUAUAACUGUCUUUUUGAGCCUGUGAUGCAGCUGUCUUCACAAGCACAGAAGAAAUGUACAAUUGGAAUAUACAAAU